CACCCACCAGCAUCUCAUCUGUUUCUCACAUCAACAUUUUAUUAGAAGAAGGGCACGGGUGGAGAUUUUUAUUUUACGCCACACAAAGGCCGUUUCUGCCUCCGGACGUUGGGCGUGGGUGUGGCUGACGAGGAAGGAUGUCGUACCUUCAAACGGAGCUCAUAUCACACACACGGAAAGUGUGCAGUCUGUACAAACAGGCCCUUCGCAACAUUGAAGCUCACUGCAUGCAUCGACACCAUUUCCGUUACAAUGCUGUCCUCAUGCGACAACGCUUUGAAGAAAAUCGCAACAUUUUGGAUAUGAGAAAAGCAAAGGAACUUAUUGCUUUGGGCCAAGAAGAACUCUUCCUGUCGCAGCACUACCAACCUCUGAAAUUUCCCAAGUCUCCUGGUGGCGUAGCUUACGAUCGGGAAACGACUCCAGCAGACUGGACCCUCGACUACUGGCACCCUUUGGAGAAGGCCCAGUACCCAGAAUAUUUUGCCCGUCGCGAACAAAGGAAAAAAGAAUAUGUAGAAAUGUGGGAAAAACAGUAUGGAAAACCAGAUCCUAGCGAAUCCCAUCAUUAAGGGGGCGUGUAUAAAUAAAGAUAAUACAUAAUAAUUACAUAAUAAUGCGCAACUUUGUAAAUUAGACAGUUUGAUGAGAUGAUAGAAACGUCCAAAAUUUGUGUAGCGUGUAUAAAAUUUAGAUGAUUACACAUUUGUUCAAUAAUAAUACGGCUGCACUUGCCUGUUGAGUUUCAAAACUAAAAUAAACGAAUUAAACUGUA